AUGGCGCCGGUGACGGAGCAUCAAGGGUCUUUCCUAAGUCGAAUCAGCCGCCGCAAUCAAAUCGUAUCCAUGGACGUUAAUCAAGAGCUCGAGGAACUCGAAGAUUUUCAGAAACACGUAGCUGAGCGUUUCACAGAGUUACUAUCUCCGUCUACCACCACCGCAUCAGAUUCACCGGAAUCUGAUCCGAUUCUCUCGAUUCAGUGGCUACGGAAGCUUCUCGAUGCUUUCAUGUCUUGCGAAUCGGAGUUUCAAGCGGUCUUAACCACGAAUCCGGCUCAGAUCUCGAAACCGCCGUUGGAUAAGCUUGUCCCAGAGAUGCUUGAUCGGAUCGUUAAGGCGCUUGAUAUCUGUACAGCCGUAGUCAACGGCGUUGACUCAGUCAGACAAAGCCAGCGUUUGGCUGAGAUUGCCGUUACGGCGUUGAAACAACGGCCGUUAAGUGACGGUAGCGUCAGGAGAGCCAAACGAGCGCUCACAAGCCUCUUAACCGCCUUAAACGCCGAUAAAAACAUCGGUAGCAGCGGUAGCGGAAGCGGUAGGAGGUCAACGACAACCGAACAGUGGUCGUCGUUUGGCCGGCGUAGCGGUGGAGGAGGAGGAGGGUGUGUGAGCAAGAAUUGGUCAGCCGCCAAACAGAUUCAAGCAAUGACGGCGAAUCUCAUAGCGCCACGUGGUACAGAGUCCUCGCCGAUAUAUAUAAUGAGUAGCCUGAUGGUAAUGGUGAUGUGGACGCUAGUUGUGGCGGUUCCUUGUCAGGCAAGUAACGGUCUUGCGGUGUAUUUGCCCUUACCGAAGCAUCAGGUAUGGGCUAGUGCCGCAGUGAGCAUCCACGAGAUCAUCGGAGAAGAGCUGAAACGGAAGGAGAAGCGAGGUGGUGGUGGUGGAUUGAUGGAGGAGAUGCAGAGGAUGGAGAGGAUUGGCUUAAAGCUAAUGGAAUUCAGUGAAAGGUUUAGGUUUGAUGGGGAGGAGAAAGUGGUGGCGGAAGUGGCGGAGAUGGAGGAGAUAUGCCGGAAAAUGGAAGAUGGGCUUGAAGGGAUACAAAGACGAGUUAGAGAAGUGUUUCAUAGGUUGGUGAAAAGCAGAAGUGAGAUUCUUGAAAUGAUUAGUCAGUGUAAUACCUAA